AUGUUUAUAAAAACUCGCCAAGGUCGUUCUUGUAGGAAAGGAAAAGCAGUGGACAAAGAAACAUUGGAUACUAUUUCUAAGCUUGAAGGAUCUAUGCAAAACUCAUCAACUGAAAAUGUGGAAAAAACUUUUGAAUCAAUGUUUGGAAAAGAAAAGCCUGGUCGGGUUCGUUGUUAUGGAAGGACUGUGACCCCAUCAUUAUUUAAAAGAAAUCAAGAAAUUGCUGCAAUUAAAAAAGGAUAUGAUAUGAAAAUAGAUGGGAUGGCAAAAAGGAUUGAAGGUUUGGAAACAAUGAUGACACUCAUACUUAAGCAACAAAACCCUGAUUUGAAUGAGGAUGAUAUAGAACAUAUGAUGUCAUUAGCUUUUGGGAAAGAAAAUAGUGCCAUUGCUCCACGUUCAUCUGCUUCCACUCAUGUUCCUUGUUUUGACCAGGUUGAUCAAGAACCUCAAGAAAAUACCGUAGAGCAAAUGGAAGAAUGA